AACAAUCAGAUAUCGUUGACUUCUGUCUCGUUUCGGUGCAAUGUAAUUUGAUUCAAAAACAUACUAUUUUUCCAUUAAUUAAAUUGUAAACCUUGUGACAUUCUAUCGUAGAUUGAGUGAUAUACUUCAGGAAAAGAAUUUUCGUAUUUUGCAAAUUGGUUAAAGCUGUGUGCAUUGUUUUGUAAACAUUGCGAGCUCUUAAGAGUUUUGUUGUAACAUGGCAAAAUAGUUCAAAAGUAAUAAUUUUGUUAAACACAACUUUCACGAUCCUUUGUUUUGGCUAAUAAAUGUGAUGUGCAAGAAUAUAAGUAUAACAUUUCUCAUAGAAUUGUUAUCUAAUGAUGAGAAUAACAUAUUUGUGUUGUUAAGAAAAUUUGGUGACAGUUUGAAAGUCUGAAAUUACAUUCGAGGUUAAUAGCGAAUGUUUGUUAUCAAGCCAGUAAAAUGUUUGGAUCACUACGUAGCAAAUUCCAGACAGUGCAAGAAGGUAUAUCUGCUAGUAUUCGGGGAUUGUCUACUACUGAGCAUCCAAAAAGCAAAAAAUUAACCAAUGUACGGAACGUAAAUUAUAAUGCUGGUGCAGACAUAUUGCAUCGUUUCCAGUUACAAUGGAAUGAACUUCAUGAACUUGCUGAAGAAAAUGCAGGGAAAGCUCAGCAAGCAGAUACAUUGAUAUCUUCUAUUUAUGAGAAGCUGCAACAUGAAUGGAAUAAUGUCACAUGUUUGAACAGCACUCUAGCUUACAUUCCAAAAAUUAAUAAUGCAAUUCAAGAUCUUAUGGAUCAGAUAGGCAAUUUGCAAGAAAUGUUUGAGGAAGUUGAAGGAGCUUUAUAUCAAUUGGAAGAUCUAAAUGAGAUGCUAGAUUUACAAAGUAGACAACUGGAUCAUAGAUUUCAAUUGGCUUUAUACAAAGAGAAGAAAUUGAUAGAAUUAAAUAAUUUCAAAGCAAAAUUGGCUAGUGACCACAUUGAGAGAGUCUCCCAACAUGAAUUAAACCAACAAAAAAAGUUGAAAGAACGUCGGGAAACCUUUGAAGAAGCUUUUAAAGAAGAUCUUGAAGAAUAUAAAGCAACUGGAUCGAUACCAAAGUUACCAGUCUCUUCACAAGGGCCAUCUUUGGACGAGAUAGUGUUAGACAUAGAUUCGAAAACAUUUGAUGAGUUUUUGGAAAAUUAAAAGCAGAAGAAUCAAGGCCCCUCAUUUUAAAAUGUGUGUGUAUGUGAUGGAAUGUAAUUUUCACCUGCAUUUCUUACAAUUAGAUAUUAGGGCUGUGACUCAGACAAUUCAAGUUUUUUAAUAUAAAAGAAUUUGUAAAAAUAGUGAAAAAAUUUUGAGCUGAAUUCUUCGAAAGGUUUGCAUAAUAUAUCAAAUGUCUAGACUUUAAUAAAACAUUAUAAUCCUUAUAGAUAUAGGUAUAUUUAGUUAUUA